AAGAUCCUAAGGGAAUGAGGCUAGCAGUUUCCAAAAGUAUGUUUUUAUUGUUAUUAUUAUUUUAGGAGUUACUUAUGUGUGAAGAGACCAAAACCUGAAAACGAAUCCAAAACCAACUUCUGUUGGUCAGUUUCUGAUCUGGAUUUCCUUUGGAGUCAGUAGUACAACACCUGGAUCUUCAGCGAUCCUUGCCUUUGAUUCUAUCCGUGGUUAUUAUUGCUGUUUAACUCUACUCAGCGAGUUAUAACGUUACAGCCUCACUUAAAACCCAUCGGAGGUGUGCGUGUAUUUUAACUUAGCUUAAUUCCAAGUUCAUUUGUUUAUGUUAAAAGAAUAAGGAAACACAUUAGGAGCCAUUUUUUUAAGAGGUAGGUUGAAGGACCCAGGAAGAAAUCAUAAGUUAAAAAUAAAGGCUAUCUUUCAAUCAAUUGGAAUGACCUCCGAGGUGGGGGACAAGUUGCUUCCUGAAGGAUCCAUGUGUAUUGUUCAAAACACAAUCAAAAAAAGUGUCUGCAGACAGAUGGCCCAUAUCUUCGUGUAUGGCACCUUGAAGCGGGGCCAACCCAACCACAAAGUCAUGCUGGACCACUCACAUGGCUUAGCAGUCUUCCGAGGCCGAGGCUGCACUGUUGAGUCCUUCCCACUGGUGAUUGCGGGCGAGCACAACAUACCUUGGCUGUUGUACCUGCCAGGCAAGGGCCACUGUGUGGCAGGUGAGAUCUAUGAGGUGGAUGAGCAGAUGUUGCGCUUCCUGGAUGACUUCGAAGGCUGCCCCAGCACGUACCAGCGCAUAGCCCUGCAGGUGCGGGUGCUGGAGUGGGAGGGUGCCAGUGACCCUGGGGACAGUGUUCAGUGCUUCGUGUACAGUACAGCCACCUAUGCACCCGAGUGGCUGUUUCUUCCCUACCAUGAGAGCUAUGAUUCAGAGGGCCCACACGGGCUACGCUACAACCCCCGGGAAAACAGAUGAGGGGCUAGUGCCCCAGAUGCCAACAGGAUGGGGGGCACCUGGUAGCUGCCUGGCAUAAGCAGAACUUUCCAAGUUCAACUAUAAAACAUGUUGACAAAACGUGCUUUGUCAUAUACUCUAAUCUGGUGGUACUUAAUUCUGCUUUAGUAUUAAGGAGCACCUGAACUAGCAGGUACUAGAUAGGAAACACUCUAGGCUGAGGUUCAGGAUACCUGGUACUCCUCACUGCUUUUUUUUUUUUUUUAAUUUACUUUGCUCUAACCUGAAGAGAGCAUCAGGCUGCAGUAGCAUCUCAGAAGUUCAAUCUAGAAAGAAGUGGUAGGAAACGCUGAUUUGGGUUGGGUCAGUGUAAAAACAUCAAGAAAAGCAUGUUGUACCUAAACUGUGUGCUCCAUCCACCCCACCCCCACUUGCAAUUUCCAAAUCACACACAAACUAUUAAAAUGGCCAUUAAAAUACAAGUUUACUGUU